AUGCCCGAAUGCACCUCCCGUCCUCUUUCGUCGUACACCCGUCCAUCGAUAUACUCCCGGCUAUCGGCUGACUCUGGCUACGGCCCAUCCCCGUGUUCCGAAGACUCCAUCGUAGCUUUGGCAAGCCGCACCUUGGAAACACAGUCUGGGUGUUCCAUUGUGAACAAUCGAUCGUCUCCUGAUUUCUUGGAAGACGGGCCUCGGUGCGAGUUCACAGGAACGGCUACUACCACAUCCGACGAUGAGUCACUGGAUGAUGCACCGUCUAGCGACGGUGAUGGCGCGACCUCGAGCGGUCCUUCCAGCUCGUUGGGUCUGAAGAUGAUUACGCAAUGGUCUGACGGAAAAAAGAAAGAGAUUGUAAAGAGGGUGAUGGAGACCUUCGAUGCCAUAUACUUGUGUUCUCCGGGAUCGCAGUAUAGCAGUGGUAUUGAAGAGGAGCUCUGUCCGGGAUACGAUACCGAGUCGGACACACUUUCAUGGCCGCAGACGCCUGUACCGAUGGUUGAAGGAAGCUUUUUGGCGAAAGAGAGCGGCGAAUGCGGAGACACUCUGCAAGAUCAUGACACAUCCGAUACCGCAGGGACUGCGUCUCGUUCUCAAGCAUCGAGAGAAGACUCGUCGGAGAAGCAGAGUCCAUUGUCAAACCACAGGAAGCGCAAGACGGAUGAACAUGACGAGGAUAGCGACGAUCAGAGGAAGCGCCAGCAGAUACCUGGCUCGGGACCGUCAUCUCAGAUGGCGUGUGGUCGAAGAUUUGCAUGCCCAUACGUCAAGCGGUUUCCGAACAGAAGUCCGAAGGCACCUUCAUGUGUUUUCCCUGGAUACCCGAACGUCGCUCGACUCAAAGGACAUUUGUACAGAACUCACAUGCGACCUCUGUUGUGUCUCAGAUGCUACGAGACUUUUCGGAGCGAAACAGAGUUGGGAGCCCACCAGAAUGCUCCGGAGAGAUGUGCCCAGGUUUCCAAUGUGCCUGAUAUUGAAGGCAUCACGCCGGAACAAGAGAAACAGCUCAAGAGCAAAAAACGCAUCAACGGAGACGACAGCGAGGAAAGGAGAUGGGAAUCCAUCUACCGUAUCCUCUUUCCGGACGAGACAGACUCGCCGUCGCCGUAUUGCGAUCUCGAUCCGCAAGUUCAAUACUCAGGAAUGUCUCCAGGCUCGGCGAAUCUCAUGGCGUAUGAGCGAUUCAGCCGCGCCAACCUGCGGGAGAUUGUCCAGCAACGGCUCGAAUCGCAGAUCGAGAGGGAACAGAUCAUAGUCGAGGAGAGAUUGAGAAGCAUGAUAUUCGACAUCAUGCGCAUGGCUCAAGACGACAUGUUCGAUCAUUGGCGAAGCUCGCUGAACUCACGUGAGGUGGACAACCUUUCCGAAGGAUGGACAGGUGCCUUGAUGCCGGCCACUACGACGAACCAAGGCUCCAUGGACAGCGACAUUUCGAGUUUUGUGCUUCUACCACCAUCGAACGACCAUGUCGACGCCGGGGAGUCGCUGGCAGAAUUGCCGGUUGACAGUGACAACCCCAGACCAGUAGGUGCCGACUUUUCUUCCUCGGACGCAUCCAGCAGUGUUUCGCAGCAAGAGGACCAGCCUGUGUCAGACGGAAAUUCGUUCCAGACUUUGGAACAUCUGGAUUUGACCGCUGUUGAACCGACAGAUCAGACUCCAUAUGGCAGUGGAUACCCACCCAUCGAGGAAGCAUUGAUUGACUUUGGUGAUUACCUUCCUCUCGAUCUCGACUCUUGCGCUGCAGGCGGCCUUUUCAGCCUUCCGUGGUCAUUCAAUGGUUAG